GAUUAUAGAUUUUAUUUAAAAAAGAACAAACAAUUAAUGAAUGAAUGAAUGAAUAUGGACAAGAUUUGAAAAUUCUGCUAUGUACUGCCAUCUCGUUUCUUGUGUAGGUUGUUUAUAACGAGAUUUCGAAAACACAGUUGCAUGCAUGGUGAGCACACACUAUCACACAAGUAUUAAUUUCAAGACAAUUGAAUGAAAAUUGAAAAAUGGACAGCGAACUUAUCCGUAAUGGGCGUCUGACAUUUUUGGUCGAUUCAACAUGGCGUGAAGAUGUUUCUAAUCUACCACAAGAAGAUAUAUUUGUUCCAAGCAUUCAUCUACCUGAUCCUGAAGCGGAAAAUGGUACUUCGAAUGAAACAUUAAAAGAAUUGGAUCUUAAAUGGACCGAUUUGGCUCUCACUUCGAUCGCUACGGAUUCUACAUUAAAUUGAUAUAUUUAAUCACUGAAUAAAAAAAAAUUUGUUUAUUAA